GCGAACCCGGAUGCUGCAAACGAGCCUCAGAAGCGCCGGUAUCAGCUAUCAGACCCGCUUGCAGCUUCGGCGACUUUCGAGAAGCGCUUCUCAUGUCCGGAUCCCGCAAUUCCAGCAGCGGCGCAGCCCACUACGUGUGGGAAUACGAAUAUUAUGACGAUGAUGAGCCGGUGUCCUUCGAGGGUCUCAGAGCCCACAGAUAUUCGAUUGUGAUUGGCUUCUGGGUGGGCCUUGCCGUCUUCGUGAUCUUCAUGUUCUUCGUUCUCACCCUACUGACCAAGACAGGGUCCCCACACCAAGAGAAUCCUGAUCCAUAUGAGAAAGCCCAUCGUCAUACCAGCUGCGCUGUGGACAUCAGUAACCCUCAGGACUUGGAGAACCUGGCCUGCUCUCGACCUCGGCUAGAUGAGUCCCGCUCACUGAUCCACUGCUUCCUCCAGGAGGAGCAGCAAGCCGGGGCUGGGCUGGGGAGUGGCAAGGCAAACACAGGAAAUGAAUGUAACUUGAGGGACUGCAGUGGUUUUCUUCUUCAGGAAGCCCAGAAAGGGCAAAGAUCAAUGCAGGAUGCUAGUGUUUUGACACACUUCGACAUCCCCAACUUUGUGAACUUGGAGAACAGCUUCACGCUAGGUGACGAUGACCUGCUGUUGUGUGAGCCGCCAAUAACCCUGGACAGCAAGAGUCAUACCUACAGCAACCAUCACAUAAAUAGCUGA